AUGUCACUACAAUUCUUUUCACAACUAUCUGAUAACCUUGGAAGACUACUCGAGUACGCGGAUGACUUUAAUGUCAUUGUAAAAGUUGGAAAUCACCCAGAGUUUGCCGUAUUUCAAGCGCACUCUGUCAUCUUACGAGCUAGGUCUGAAUAUUUUCGUGCGGCCUUAUCGAGUAACUGGGCGAGAAAAGAAGGCGAGUGCUUUGUCUUUGAAAAACCAAAUAUUUCACCGGCUGUGUUUGAUGUAGUCUUAAGUGGGGCAAUAUACCUCGACCAUCAAGACGGUGACGACGUUUUAGAAUUAUUGAUUGCCGCUGACGAGCUGAUACUUGAUGAGUUAAUUGAACCAUUGCAAGAGCAUCUCAUACGUAAUAUGGAGAAAUGGUUCAAAGAGAAUCUCUUACGAAUUCUGGACACAGUUAUUCAACGUGAUGCAUGUCUUAAAUUACGAGAACAUUGUUUAAAUAUUUUAUGUCCGGACCCAUAUCGAUAUUUUGACUCUGAAGAUUUUAUUAAUUUAGAGGAGAGCACAGUGAUUAUGCUUGUUAGUCGUGAUGAUUUGAAAAUGGACGAGGCACAAUUAUGGGAAUAUUUAAUUAGAUGGGGAGUGGCAAAUACACCAAAUUUAAAGAAUGAUCUAUCCGCUUGGUCACGACGAGACUUUUGGGAAUUGAAAGUGACUUUGCACAAGUGUAUCCCGCUUAUUAGAUUAUGGCAAUUAUCGGUGGGGGAUUACAACGAAAAAGUCAAACCAUAUGAGAAAAUCCUAACCAAAGAUUUAAAGCUUAAACUGUCACGUCAUUUUACAAAGACCCCUGUUCCAUCGUUACCUGAACCUGCAACACUCACACCGCCACCAUCACCGCCCAAUUUCAUAUUUUCGGAACGGGCCAUCGAUUCUAUAAUUAUCACACAUCUACAGGCUGCGCUUGUCUCUCGUUGGAUUGACCGUAAAUUUGUUAGUGAUGCAAAAGAACUAGAUAUGGAAAAGGCCAGACUUUCACGCAUAAAAGCUGAUUGUACGGAAGAUGCCAUACAACUGCAUGAAGGACUUGGACCGUCUUUUGGUUUUUAUGAAUUUAAAAUAUUGGACGAGGCGAAGGAAUGUAAAAGUAGUUAUGGUACUGGUGGAUUACGCUAUCAGAACAAGAUACGCGAAAAAUGCAAUUAUUUUGGAGUUGAUGAUUACGAAGUAUUUCAGGUUGUAAAGAAAGAACAGGAAAAAUUGUAG